UCUUGCAGUGAACAGACGCGUUUUCGAAAUCUGCGGAAAUCGAAAUUGGUGAAUUUAAUUACGGUGACUCGAUUGUGUUACUCAGUGACUUGGUGAGUUGUUUACGACAUUAGUCGUAAACAAAGUGAUUAAGCGACCCUUUGUGGUGCUUUGUUUUCUUGAGUGCGAGUAAACAAGCCCAUUAGUGGUGACCGUUUGCGGUACAUUAUUGUAAUAUAUUGUGACCUUUUGGGUCACUUGGUGUAGUGUUGUGUCGGGGUUGCCGCCCGGAAAAAUGUUCGGUUUUCUUUGGCUAGGGUUGCCGUAACAGUUUUUUAGGUCGAAAAAAGUGGGGAAAAAGGGUUGCCGCCCUAAAAAAAUUAGGGAUGCCGUUCGGAAAGUUUAAGGAGCCAGCAGUGAAUUCCUGAGGAUUCCGGCAUCGACAGAAGACGGGCUUGGGGGCAGUAACGCCCGCCAAGAGGACGAAAAUGAUACUCCCUGGGGAGCUAUCAUUUGAGGAGGAGGGAUCACGGGCCCCUCAGAAAUGGACCACACACUGAGGAAGGAGCUGGAAGCGCUCCGAUGUGAGAAAGCAGCCAUGGCACAUCAGCUGGAGUGCCAACAACAGCUGAUAAUACAGCUCCAGCAGCAGUUAGCAGCACUGCAAGAGACAGUGCGAGCCAGUACAAUGAUGAAAUCAGACAAUUGCGAAUCAACCGUCAUGGACAGCGUGGGAGCACCAGCAACGAUGGAAAAAUCAUCAAGAACCCGACAAGAAUCAUGCGAUAUGGACAGCGUGGGACCGCCACCAACAUAUCCUGAAGUCAUCAUCGACGAAGGCGACCCAUUAAACGUCGUCCGGAGGUGGAGCAGAAUAAAGUUAAGGUUAGUGCGAAAAUUGUGAACGCUCCUAAACAGGCUACACCCUCCUAAACUCCCCAACCUAGUAAAUCAAGAAAAUCAAGAAUCCCUGCUAUAACUGGGUACGGUUUGAACGUACCCUCGUUCCUAAAACUAUUGAAGAAUAAGGGGCUAAAAGUGUCCCUUAAAAAUACGAGGGCUGGCAGGACCCUCAUAUUUACGGAGACGACAGAAAAUUACGGGAAGGUCUUCGCACUCUUGAAAGAACAAGGGCUUAAUGCCACAACUCGGACGCCUCCCUUCGCACCCAGUCUAUUGUUAUCCGCGGACUCCACAGGGAAACGGACCCCGUGGACAUCCUGGA